AUGACCCUGUGGAACGGGCAGCUUCCCUUCUACCCGCAGCCCCGGCAUGCGGCCGGCUUCAGCGCCCCGCUGCUCGUGGUCAUCCUGGUCUUCCUCUUCUUGUUCGCCACCUUCCUGUUCGUCUUGCCAGGGAUCCGAGGCCACUCGCGCUGGUUCUGGCUGGUGAGAAUUCUUCUCAGUCUCUUCAUAGGCGCUGAAAUUGUUGCGGUGCACUUCAGCGCAGACUGGUUCGUCGGCUGGGUCAGCACCAACACCUCCUAUAAGGCGUUCAGUGCGGCUCGGGUCAGUGCCCAAGUCGGCCUGCGCGUGGGCCUGGAGGGCAUUAAUAUCACACUCACAGGGACCCCGGUCCAGCAGCUGAACGAGACCAUUAACUACAAUGAGAAGUUCAGCUGGCGCCUGGGCGAGGACUACGAAGAGGAGUAUGCGGAGGCUCUGGGCAGGGGGCUGCCGGACCCCGUGCUCUAUCUGGCGGAGAAGUUCACCCCGAGCAGCCCCUGCGGCCUCUACCGCCAGUACAGCCUGGCAGGACACUACGCCUCGGCCACGCUGUGGGUGGCAUUCUGCCUGUGGCUCCUGUCCAACGCGCUGCUCUCCAUGCCCGUCCCGCUGUACGGGGGGCUGGCGCUGCUGACCACCGGCGCCUUCGCGCUCUUCUCCGUCUUCUCCUUCGCCUCCAUCUCCAGCGUGCCCGUCUGCCAGCUGCGCCUCGGCUCCGCCACGCUCACCACUCACUACGGCGCCUCCUUUUGGGUCACGCUCGCCACCGGCCUCCUGUGUCUUCUUCUCGGAGGGGCAGUAGUCAGCCUGCACUACGCGCGGCCCAAUGCUCUCCGCAUCUUCCUGGACCGAAGCAGCAAGGGAGGUGACGGCCAGGGAAGAGGGGGCUCCCCUCUGGUCCUCAGCAACCCUCUGCACAACCCGUCCGGGGACCCUGGCUUCAAGAUGAGCACUAACCUGUAG